AUGGACAAUCGCAAUCUCCCGCAACCUCUGAUUCAACAACUUCAUGGGGACACCAACACUAUUGGGGAAAAUCGGCCCAAGCGAGCGGCUCAUAUCGAUGGCGCCCAAAUUGAGACGUGGCGAAUUUGCUUCAUUAUGGCAGGUCUGUGGACUUGCCUCUUUCUUUCCGCACUCGAGACCACGAUCGUUUCAACGGCUCUUCAGACAAUAUCAAGCGAUUUGCAGGAUCUGUCCAAGUCAACAUGGAUUGUUGUCGCCUACCUCCUCACCUACAAUGGUAGAUCAAAUCUCAUAAUCUUUCGUGCUCUACAGGGAAUUGGUGGCUCCGGUAUCUACUCGAUCGUCUUUGUCAUCAUUGGCAAAAUUGGGACUGUCGAGAAGAUGCCAAUCUACAUGGGAGGGAUGACAUCUGUCUUUGCUGUAGCGAGUCUCUUAGGUCCGAUUAUUGGGGGCGCAAUCGUUGACCAUACUACAUGGCGAUGGGUCUUCUUCCUGAACGGCCCUGGAGUUGUGAUUUCUCUGUUAAUUCUUGUCCCUGCAAUUCCGGAUCUAGGGGAGAAGUUCAUCGAGAAAGAGAAAUUGAGGCGCAUCGAUGUCAUCGGUGGCCUUCUGUCUCUCGCUUGGCCUAUUCUACUGAUCUUCGCACUAGAAGAGGGUGGGCAAGCAUACUCAUGGAAAAGCAGCGUAAUCAUUGGGACCCUCGUCGGCAGUGGAGUUGGCAUUAUUAUCUUCGGCAUCUAUGAACAUUGCGUUCAACAACAAGCUAAGCAAGAGCCAAUGCUUCCUAUCGGUCUUCUCAAGAUUCCGGCUCUAUGCCUUAAAAUCACGAUCAUGUUCACGAUGGGAGGUUGCUUCUAUGCGGCAAUAAUUCUUCUCCCCCAAAGAUUCCAGGCGGUCGAUGGAAUCUCUGCUGAGAGAGCGGGAAUUAAUCUCCUUCCUUUCACGAUCGUGUCGCCAGUCUUUUCGGGACUUUGCGGUGUUCUUCUUGCCAAAUAUCAGAAGAGUGCCGGGCUUGUGCUAUGUAUCGCGUCGGUUUUCACGGCUGUCGGGAUAGCCAUGCUCGGUACACUCUCGACCGAUACUUCUGGCCUGGAACCCAAAGUUUACGGGUUUGAGCUCAUCCUAGCUAUAGGUCUCGGCCUUAUGAUGCCACCCAUCUUUUUCUUUAUCAAAGUCGAAUACCACGAUUCAGACUUGGCUGCGAUUAUGGGUGCAAUCAACACUGCUCGCACGCUAGGUGGCUGUGUUGCCGUUGCCGUAUGCUCUGCCAUUCUUCACGCUGAUCUGAAAUCCCAUCUGGCAUCCUUCCUCUCCUCGAGUCAGAUUGAGGCUGUCCUGAGCUCAACAUCUGGCAGCUCAGCCUUGACCCCUCACGACAAGAUCAAGCUACAGCGGGUUUAUGGUACAAGUUAUAAUACCCAAUUUCGUGCCUUGUUGGCAUUUGCAGGGCUCAAUCUGCUCGCCACGGCGGUUCUGUUGUUUGAGCGACAUAGAACAGCUGGUCGGUCCAAGAACUGA